AUGACCGUGACUUCAAAUUCAAUUUAUGCGCCUGGAGAUAAAAAAGUGUUUUUAAAAACACCGGAAAGGAAUGCUAUUUUAUCGAUUGAAUUUAUUGUCACCCGUCUUCAGGAUUCGCCAGGCAACUUUAGUUAUAACAGUUUAUUUAAAUUGCUUUUGAAAGAGAAGCUUUAA